CGCCGAACGCCCCGCCGCCUACCAUACACGUCAACUUUGGUCAUCUGAAAAAAUAAAUACAACAAAUUCAUAAUAAAAACAUUCCAUUCAACACACUUGGACUUGACACAAGAUGAGCGACACAACGCCGGAUUUGCAACAGGAGCUAGCCACAUCCACCAAGGAGGCGUACUUCGCCAGCCUCGCGGAGUGGGCCAAACAGGCGUCGAUUGCGCAGAACGCAAUGUCCAUGUUUCCCUACUACCUGCUGGCCAAUUACCCUCAGCUAUUCCAGGGACAGACAGCUAGUCAGCCGCUCAGCCCAGUGACCUUGGGCCAACCCACGGCAACGACGCCUCCUUCCGCAGGAUCGCCCGUUCCCAAUACUGCGAAUCCUCCACCGCCAGGACCGCCGCAGGCCUUCAACCGCUUCCGAGUGCUCGACGAGGCGCAGCAAUUGGAGACCAUACAGCGAGUGGGCGGCUACGAGUACGUGCUAGCGCCAUUCUGGAAACGCGCAGCGGCGGAAGCCAUCGAUGUUUUCAUCCUGUUCAUCGUGAAGAUCAUCAUUACUUUCGGCGUGGUGAACCUGUUUGACCUGGAGUUUGACAAGGAGGUGAUGCGGCGAACGCUUGAAGAGGAAGACCUGUUUAUGAACUUCUUCGACAUAUCGUUCGACUUCAUCUCAUCUAUGUCCACCGACCUACUGCUCAUCGAGCUCCUGACCAAGUUCACGGUCUGUUGCUAUGAGGCGGUGUGCACCGCCUGUUGCAACGGGGCCACGCCCGGCAAGUCUCUGAUGAAGAUCCGCAUCCACUAUGUGGAGGCUGUGAUGCCGCUGCAGGCACCUAACCUGCCGCAGUUUAUGGUUGUGGUGCAGCUGCAACGGGAGCCGAUGCGCGCCCUUAUUUAUCCGGCACAGACGCCCAGCCUAAUGCGGGCAUUUGCCCGUGCUCUGGCCAAGAACCUGGUGAUGGCGCUGCUCUUCCCCAUCUGCGCCGUGAUGUUCUUCUUCAAGAAUAACCGCACCGCCUACGACAUUAUGACAAAGACGAUAGUGGUGGAAUCCAAUUCGAAUGCCGUGUUCCGCACCCAAGUGCCGGCACAGCAGCGAAACCGCUGAGGUGAUGAAACAGCCAAAUUGUAUAGGAAUUUAUAAAUUUGUAGUACUCUUUCCUAAAUAUAUAUAUGCAUAAUAUAUGUGUUAUUGUUAAAGCUAAAUUUAAUGUCGUUAUGUACUGCUGUCCUGUGAAAUAAAACUAAAUCUCAUAGAA